AUGAAUGUUGAAGAUAAAAAACAAGAAAGAAGCAAGGCUAAAAUGGCGGUCACUGUCGCUGCGAGGCGUCUGAUCGGAGCCUACAACAGAGAUUGUGAAUAUGAUAUUUUAAAGGAUUCAAUGUUCGAACUUGAAAAGGUAUUUGAUGAUUUUUGCGUUAUAAAUGAGGAAUACGAACUCAUUGUAUCUGACGAAAAAUACGCUGAACACCGUGUAGUUAAUGGUGAAGACAUUAUGACUUACAGAGACAAUGUAAAAAGGUGCUAUGAAGAAGCUAGGAGUGUAUUUGUUAGUGUAAAGACAACAAUCGAACAAAAAGCUAGACGACAAAGUGCUGGGCCUGUCAAAGUUGCCCUAAAGAAUGACAUUUGUAGAAUUCAUGAACUAAUCACAGUCGUUGAUGAGAGUUUCAAACUGGAAAAUGUGAAUAUGGCAGCUUUACAACUAGAUAAGAAUGAUCUACAGUCAAUUUUGAACAUAAUAUGUGAUAACAUGGCAAAACUUGGCUCGAUUGAAACACAAGAGCAAGUUAACCUAAUCCAAGAAGAAGUCGAUGCUAUUAUCAGAGCAGUUUACAAUUGCAUCAGAAAGAUAAACUUGUUUUUGCAUGAGCAACAAGCAUUUGUUAAAUCAUUACACAUUGAAACUGCCACUCUCCCCUCUGAAACCAACACCCCCCCUGAGAACAUCAACACC